CAUUAGCCAGAGGAACAACAGUACUGCAUAUAGCAGUUAACCUUGCCAUUUGAAAAAGCCCAACCCUCAGCCUUAGAAGGAACUGAAAUGAGUAGCCUGUCAUCCAAAGGCAGGACUGGUGUACACAGUAAUCAUGACUCAAAUGUGUGUUUCUGGUGUGUAUCAGGUUUCAAAACUAAUGAAGGACCCGGUAUCUCGCUUUUUUUCUUUUGCCUUGAUUGACCAUUCCAGUAGCAUCAAAGUGGAGGAAAUGUAUUUACUCUGAGCUGAGAAAACAUUUAUACUCUACAGGCAGCAGCACAAGGAAAGGAAAACAUUUUCUUCAGUGAAGAAUGAGCGAAGGUUUCAAGGAAGGCCCUGACAUUCAGGGGACACAGUUCAGGGGUCCCUCUCUGUCCCAGCAGAGGAGGGUCAUCCAUUUCUCCAGCGGUGAGACUCUGGAGGAAGAUAACAGUGAGACAGAGGAGGAUACAUCACAUGAGCAGGUGUUUAGGGAGCCUGAAGACAUGCUUAAACUCCCGUGGAGAGCAUAUACUUGGUCUCUGGGCAGGAAGUCAUUGCGCACUUGUGAUUUUCUUGGGGGAAAACUGGCUGGUCUACUUGGCCUUAACACUGCCAAAUACCAGUAUGCUGUAGACGAAUAUCAACGUUCCAUUAAGACCAAACCCAGUAAAGAAACUGAAUGCUCUUAUGAGGAAGGAACAGAGAUAAUUCACCUUUCUUCAAGGAUGAGCAGUGAGUACGGGGCCACAAGCUCCCACAGACUCCCUGCUGGUUCUCAAGCCUCCCAGAACAUUGAGCACAGAACUACAGGAUCCCACAACAAGGGCUAUCAAAAUGAUAAUGAGCACUGAGAAAGAACUAGCUAUUAUGAAUUAAACAUAUUAACAUGUGUUAAGAAAGCUAAUAUUCAUGUUGAUGUGUGUAUUUUUUGCGGUUCCUCUCGCUAUGGUUUCUACCAAACCAGGGUUCAAAUACAUGUAUAUUUGAUAUUUAAAAUACUUGUUUCUGUGUAUUUGAGUAUUGUCACGUUCUGAAUCUUCAAAUUCCCUGUCAUAUAUGAGCCAAGGCGCAGCGUGCUGGUAAUUCCACAUCUUUAUUUGAAAAAAACCGAACCAAAACAAUAAACAGGUAAACAGCAAGAAACAUAACGCAACUGUGGCGUACACACACAGAAAUAAUAAUAACCCACAAACACAGGUGGGGAAAAGGCUGCCUGAGUAUGAUUCCCAAUCAGAGACAACGAAUGACAGCUGCCUCUGAUUGGAAACCAUACUCGGCCAAUAAAGAAAAACAACAUAGACAUACAACACUGUCACGUCCUGACCAGUUUAGGGAUUAUUUGCUAUUGUAGUUUGGUCAGGACGUGGCAGAGGGUAUUUUGUUUAUGUGUUUCGGGGUGGUGGUGUAUGUAGUAGGGUGUUUGAUUUAUUAU